AUGUCAUUCCAUCUAACCCUUAGACUGCGAAGUGAUCAUUGUGCUUUGCAGGAGUUCAAGGAGGAGAGCGCGGAGGAUCAAAACGUCGAAGUGGAGAAUGUAACGCCUCAGCUGGGUCUAAAUGAAAUGAAUACCAGGGACAAAAACAAACAGUUGACUGUCUGUGAAAACGAGAGUGGGGUAGUAGUCGUCGAAGUCGACAGCCGUCAGCCAGACCAUGAGGACUUUGAUUACGAGUUGAUGGACUUGAUGAGUUUGAACGAGCUCAAUUUGAUCGAUAGUGACGAUGACGACGACGAAACUACGGGAGAUCUGGCUGUCAGCAUGAUGGAGAACAUAGGCAUAGAGCAAUUUGAGCCAAACAUCCAGAAUGACGACGAAAUGAUGUCGAGCAACCAGAAUGGAUAUGAAAUGAUGCCGAACAACCAGGAUGACUAUGAAUUGGUGCCGAACAUCGAGAAUGACUUUGAAAUGAUGAGUGACUCGUCCGACGAAAGCAUGCCGGAUUUCGAAAAUACUGUCUUUCCUGCUCCGCCGGUUGAAUCGUCUGCUUCGGAGGACGAAGAUGCAGAAGCGGAUCCGGCGCUGCUGAAUGUUAUCGGUGAGAAUUAUGCGAAUCAGUCAUUGCUCACUUUGCUGGCCGACAUUUUGAACAAUCAGGUGCGUGGAUUGCAUAGAUGA